AUGAGACCUCAGGGGUCCGAAAAGAAACAGACGCACGAGGACAGAAAACUAGACAGACUACUUUCCACGUCAAGUUUGCUUUUGUCCAUUCUUUGUUGUAUCGCAAUAUUUCACAUGGAACUCAGAAUACAAGAACAUUGUCGAUUGAUAUCACAUUCCAGCUCUGGAACAUUCCGAGACGAAAUAGAAACAGAAAUCCUUCGAAAAGUUCAACAGGAGUGUGGAAGUUGGCGAGAAACCAAAGUCAGCCAUUUAAAAGGUGAUUGGCAGACAACAACGUUCUGUUACUUGUUAUGUUCUUUACAUUUGUUUGCCACGCGGUAAAGAUUCUCUUCAGUAAGUGGGGCUAUAUCUGCACAGUUUAAGUUCUUUUCUAAUUGUAUUAGUGAUCCUGAAAGGUAGCAGAAAUAUUUCAGCACUGUUUGUCGCGUUGCAGGCUUGACGGUUUAUGAUUACAAAUUUUUUACUGGCAUUGCCACCCAGUAGGCAAAAAGUACAUUCAGUCAAGAUCUCCAAUGUAAUGCUUCUAAAAAAUCUGUGUUGAAAGUAAGCGAACAAAAAAAACACAAUGAUAGAUGGCACUGUAAUCCUCUCCUCUGAUAACCAAGCUCGACCAAUAUAUACGUUAGUUGACCUGUAAUCCUCCACAAUUAUUACUCUCGUGACAAUUAUUAAAUACGUUCUCUUAUAUUGUAGUUGGCCAGCACUAUUCGUUUUGCCUCUGAUAAUCGCGUAGGUACCUGGUUCGUAUUUACCCUUAAAUAGCUUCAAUGUUUAAAUAAUUUAAUUGGCUUUUUAAACUUAUUCAAGGCCAGAGAGAUGCAGUUUCAAGACAAAGGCGGGCAUCAGGGAGCAGCGCACAAAAUAAUUCGACUCAAGGAGCGGCCGAAGUAAAACUUCUUAUUAAAGAAGAACUUCGUCUGCAACAACAUCAAAUUUGUGCUAAAGAUGAAAAGCUCUGCCGCCCUGGACCAAAAGGUAGCAGAGGACGACGGGGAAGAUCUGGAACCCAAGGGAGACCAGGUCCCCCAGGGAAACCCGGUCCAAGGGGUCCUCCUGGUAAACAUGGACCGGUAGGACCCCAAGGACCAAUGGGCAUAAAGGAGAUCUCGGAGUUUCGGGUGUCCCCGGUCCCACGGGACCUAGAGGCCCGUCAGGUGAGAAACGCGAAAGAGGUGAGCCGGGCCAGUCCAUCUCGGCUCCAUCUCUGCUGCAGCGUCCUGUUGAAACCACAGUCAAUGAAAGUCAGACAGCCAUCUUAAAAUGCACAACGGACGGUAAUCCAACUCCACUUGUCACGUGGUAUAAAGUGAAUUCAUCGCUUCCUGAGGGACGUCACUUGGUAGAGUCCAGUGGUGCUCUGAUUUUAAAGAACGUUAUACCUGGCGACGAGGGCUUGUACAACUGUCGAGCUAAGAAUUUGCUGGGACGCGUCAACCAUUCAGCAAAAAUGAUUGUUCAGUGUGAGCAGCUUAAUCUGAUUUGUCAUUAUUAUUCGUUUGCGAGCACGUGAUAAGGCAGGCAGUUGACGAAGCAAAACCAUUUUUUUUUUCGCAGAAUUUGCAUGAAAAAAGAGUUUAGUUGCCAGCGGAGGAAAACACUUUUGAGUUUCGUUCUUGCCAACCAACAUGGUCGCCGUGACGUGAGCUUCAAACCAGCAAUUUUAUACAUCUAGGAUUUUCCUUAGGUAGAAAUUCUAUGAAUCUUCAGUAAGUAUCGGGCAAUUCAAAUUUUUUUAAAGGUACAAAAAUGUUUCAUUUAGCUGCAGCGUUCAACAGCUGAAUGUCUAGAAUUUGUGCAGUAUUUACCAGUGGCCUGAGUUUUAAGUCUGAAUGUAGUCUGUCAAAAUCCUAUUUUAGUUUUAUCGUGCAGGAACAGCACCCAGCAAUGAGGCAUAGCUGUUAUGUUUUCUUCAAAAUUUUUAAGUACACCACAGCUUUGAUUUAAGAAUUGAUGAUUUUUCCUCGAAGAAGCUUUCUUUUCUUUUUUCACGAUUACUUUUCGUUUGUCUUUUCGGCUAGGAAACUGCCCACCUACCCCUCCCCUAACCCAUCAUUUUGCCCAAAGUAAAAAUUAAUUGUCAAUGUUAGCUUAGGGGAGGGGUAGGUAGGCAGUUUCCUCGAAACGUAAAUUGAUCCGUCUUUUCUUUAUUUUUAUCCAGUUCAUCCUCAAUUACGUUUGUCAUCUAGCCGACUAAUGGCGGAAGAGGGGCAAAAUGUGACAAUCUUCUCCAAUGCUUCUGGUCAACCACAACCCAAGGUCACGUGGUCAAAGGCCGUUGGGAGUUUGACGAAAGAAAGAACCUCCGUGGUAAAAGGAGCUUUGACAAUCUGCAAAGUGACGAAGAGCGACGGUGGAACAUACGUGUGCAGAGCACAAAAUAUUGUGGGGUCAGUAUCUGUCGCUGCUUAA